AUGGAGGGUGGCAAGCCGUUAGGUACUCGAAUGAGCACCUCUAUUAGUCUUGAUAGAGAUGAGCAAGGAAAGCCAACAGAUGUCAAGUAUUACCGUGGCAUGAUAGGUAGUCUGCUCUAUUUGACGGCUAGUAGACCUAGCAUCAUAUUUAGUGUCUGCAUAUGCGCUCCCUUUCAAGUAGCUCCUAAAGAAUCUCACCAAAUGGCAAUCAAGAGGAUCUUGAGGUAUUUGACAGACACUAUAGACUUAGGUUUAUGGUAUCUUAAAGAUACAGCCUUUGAGAUGAUUAGCUAUUCGGAUGCAGAUUAUGCCGGAUGCAAAAUAGACCGGAAAAGUACAAGUGGUACUUGCCACUUCUUAAGACGAUCUUUGUCAAGCUUUACGGGUCUUGAUCAACGGCUUGGACGCCUUGAGCACUACAUGGAAGACUCAUCUUCUUCACGAGGGAAAACUCCCAUGGAGACGAGCUCUAGGGAUUAUGAUGAUGAUGAUGAUGAUGAUGAAGAGGGUACGGACACUGACGGUGGCAAUGAUGCUUAG